AAAGCUUAAACCCAAAAAAAACAGAAUGAAAAUGGCCGAAACUAUCUAAAAACACAACAAAAUGGCGGAGUCGGUGUUAGGUGUAGUGUCCCAAUCAUCUCUUCUCUCUCUAGACUCUUCCAAAUUUCGGUUCCAUUCUUGCACCACUCCAUCACUCUCCAUACGUCUUCGCCAACACUCAAUCAAGAAUCGUAGAUUAGUCGGAUCUUCAUCUUCCGGUCAACAUUUGAAGCCAAUCGCCGUUGCCUCUUCGGAUUUCAAAGCGUCCAGUCUCGUCACAGAUAGCGUUGACUUGUCAUCGGAAGGAAUCGAGAUUCAACCUGUUGCUGGAGGUGACGGUGGUGACGGUUUCGGUGAUUCAGGCGGUAGUGGCGGAGGAGGAGGCGGAGGUGGUGAUUCCGGGAAGGACGAAGGAGAAGGAGAAGGAGAGGAGAAGAAGAAGAAAAUGGCGUUGUCUAUGUCUCAGAAACUGACUCUUGGUUAUGCUGCUCUUGUUGGAAUGGGUGGUGUCAUGGGGUACUUGAAGAGUGGUAGUCAGAAGUCGCUUUUAGCGGGAGGGCUGGCUGCUUCGGUACUGUAUUAUGUUUUUACGCAGCUUCCUACAAAUCCAGUUUAUGCAUCGUCGAUUGGGCUUGGUGUUUCUUCUGCACUAUUGGGAGUGAUGGGCUCUCGUUUCUUAAGAUCAAAAAAGAUAUUUCCUGCAGGAGUUGUUUCUCUCAUCUCACUGAUAAUGACUAGUGGCUACGUUCAUGGUGUCCUCCGUAGUAUGCACUGACAUUGCUGAAUGUUAUAGUGAAACAUGUUUAAUAACUAGGCUUGAUCCCUUAGCCAUCGUAAAUGGAAACUAAUGUCGAUGUUGCCUUGUUUUUGUAAUAUUGAUUGAGCAUUCAGUAUCGGAACUUUUUAUGGAUGAAUUUUACCCUGGUGUUCUAAAAAAAUUAGGUUUCGAUUCUA